AUGUCGCCUAACCCCGAGAUCCUCGACAUUGACACCGUGUCAGCCCUGGCCUGGGACUUAUAUCAUAGUUGCCAUCUUCUUUCCCCGGGUGCGCCCGAUAGUUUCCGGCAGCUUGUCAACGAGCUCGCUUCCUUACAUGGAAUACUAGGCGACUUACACGACCAUCUGAACUCGAAAUCUUCAUUCUUUACCGAAGUCCCUGAAACCCGAGCACGUACAUUACAAGGCUGCGUACACGCAUGUCUCGAUACUUUGCGACGGCUCAAAGAGGUUGUCAGCAAAUAUCGAAGUCUGGGUGGUGAUGGAGGUCAUAUCUGGCACAAAGUCAAAUGGGCCACACAGCGAAACCAUAUUGAACAACUGAAAUCGAGGAUUAUGGUUCACACUGCUAAUCUUCAUCUAUACAUGAGCUCUAUCGGCAACUCUUCGCUGAAAAGGCUCGAAGGCCAGAUAUUUGCCUCCUUAGAACAAGAUUCCCCGUCUGAUUCGCGCGAUAUUCCUCAAUCUCCAUCGGACGCCGGUUUGCCGCAAGCACAAACAAUAAGUGAGAAGCAUGUUGGUAUUGAUGAGACAGAUGGGCCUGAAACGGAGAGAUCACCGGUCUCGGAAGCUCCUAGACCCCGUGCCUCCUUCACGAUUGCUCAGCCUCGCCAAUCGACCUCUUCUGCGUCCAGGGUCUCUUCACGAUCUGAGGAAUCUUCUUCGACAAUUUUCACAAAUAAUUUCUUUCCAAGCUCACCACCACGCGGCACCUCGCUGAAGAGCCCGGCCGGCCCAGGAUACCAUCUCCUUGAACAAUAUGCCAGCUCUUCAAGAUUAGGUUCGUCUGGGAGCAUACAUAAUGAUCUUCCUGUAGGACCCAAAGAUGACUCGCUGCCUAAUAAUCAGGAAGGCGAGAGACGUGAGAACGAAGAUGUCCAUGCCAAACAGGCCGUCGUCAGCGCAAUGCGGCACCUUCACGAUAUGCAGUUAAGGGAACAAAACCUACGGUCGCUACGGUACGAGCCGCGAGACAGCUUCCAUCAACCUGAUGCUCCGGUCGUUGCAAAGUUCGAGGCUUCUUUCAAUGGUGAAGAACAUGCUCGACGGCUGAGUACAACGGCCUGGCUACGUAUAGCAGUUUGGUGGCUGUUGAAGGCUGGAACAACUCUCGCAAACGGCGAUAGGCCUAACCUGGUCAGCGCUCGUGGUAGUAUGAGCCCUUCUUCGACGUCUUCAACUUCAAGCCACCAAGCAUAUGUGGACCUUCUGAAAGCCUCCUAUAUUCUUUAUGACGUCGUUCUCAAACGACAGAGCCCCCAGUCGUUGAUGAUAGAUGAGAACAGAAAGUUGAUCUCAGACAUCUCAGAAGCGAUCAUAUUUCAGCAAAACCUCGACUUGUGGGAGCCAGUCCAGCCAGACGAAAAUUUUUGCAGUAGCACAGAGGACCAGCUCUACGCUUUAGAGAAUGUGCGCUAUACCACUGUAGAGCUGGAGGACGCUGGUGCCGAAGAGGAGCGUGUACUUCUGCGGACGUUUGUCAAUGCAGGAAUUGGAGGCAAGAAGCUGAGAAUGCGGUUGAAGGGCGCUCCAUAUAUGCUUCUACUGUCCACGAUAGACGGGGAAAGUGAGCCCAAAGUGGCCAUCUGCAACCAGAGUGGUACGCUUUGUCUGCAGAGAAAUCUCACACAUGAAGACUUGGCCCAGCUCAUAAGAGUCUCUAACACCUCACUCAGUGGUGCACCUGGUGCAAAGAUCUCUGAACCAAUAAACUUGAAGUUCGAUUCAGUGACUCUUUCAGUAUCCUUCCAGUACUCUGCGGAUCUAGGUCAAUUCAUCAACAUACCCAAGGCGUAUUUUGACGCGGUUUGGCAGCGCGAGCCGGUGGACUCGGAUCAAUUCUCCGAAAGCGUCAUAUUCAAGACCUCCGUGGAAGUUGUUGAGCAACUUAGAGCGCCAAUCAUGAAGUCUAUGAACCCUCCGAUGAUCACUCGAUCAUGUGAAGUCCGCGUUUUGGAGAGAACAUUUGGAGAGGUCUGGCGAUCCAUUCGACGUAUGGUGAUCAGCUCUUCCUUAGCGGAAAAGACCCCUCGAUGCUUGGAGUUCUUCCUGCCGAUGAGUCGAGUGCAAGUCCGUCGCAGCGAGGAUUCACAGUCAGUCCAGAUCAAAUGGUCGGAUACUGGUCAAGAGCGGUCGGACAAGACGGAUGGUUGCUAUAAUCCGCUUUAUUCGUACGUCUACGAUGACAAUAGCCCCAACAUCGGCUUGGACAUAGAAUUUCGAUCCCAGCAACAGGCUCAGAAGUUCGAAAAAGUGAUCCUGACACUUACUCACAAACCAACCUUCUCUUGGUCACAACCCAAUAGUGCUGGGCUAGUCUACGAGGUCGCGGACGUUGCACUGGACCAGAAACAGUACAAGGCCGUUUUGCUCAUAGAAAGCCGCCUAUCCUUCAAACACUCCAGCCUCUACUAUCUCUACCGCGACGUAGACUACAUUUAUGAUUCUCCGAACUUCCAUGUCAAGUUUCCGAAGAUCUUCUACGUUGACUACAUCUCAUCGCACGUGGAGCAAUUAUACCGGGCCGCAAAUAACGUAUUCUUCUCCCACUGCGAGAAGAAGAUCGCAAGCAUGGAAGUCGUCUUCAACGACGAGCCUGUCCUCCACGCAUUUAUGAGCUCACUCGCAUCCACCUACGAACUAUGCUUCUCCCGACGUGCUGAGUCCAUGACCACAAAGAAACAAUCCUUCCUGAGCUCCAAAAAAUCAACAAAAGGUGAGACAGAGGUACAACUAUGGCGCAAAGGACAUUCUAUUCAACUCGCGUCGCGAUGGACAAACCAUGUUGCAGACAGGUGGCUCACGAUGUCUGUACCAUCGGGAAGCAGUCGCAAUAUCUCCCGUGAUAGCAACCGCAUCGAGUUUCCUGUGACAACGUAUUCCCGGGGAGCGGUUCUCAAUUUGGCAGUUAUAGCUGCUGGAUCGCCCAAGGAUCCAAGGAUGUCGAGGCGGGAAGGGCCAAUUACGAUUUCCUUUCCUAAGCCGAAGGACCGUGAUGAUUUUGUUGCUGCGCUAGAUGGCGGUGGUCACCCUUCCAGGAAGUAUGGCCAUAGUUAUGAUAUACUGAGCUCUUAG